AUGAAUGCAUACCUCACCAAGCAACACGGCUGCAACCGGGGGUCCGAUGGGAUGGAUGCCGGCAGGAGUGCACCCACACUGAUCAGGGAUGCCCACUGCGCUUGUGGCUGGCAGAGGAACCCUCAUGGGCUUGGGUAUAAUUCUCAGACCAUGCCCUCCUCAGGACCAGGGGGCCCAGCUUCAAACAGGACCAAGCUGGUCACUUUGUGGGACAGUGUGCGGAAAAGCCCCCACAAGACGAGCGCUAAAGGCAAAGGGACUUGUGGGGAGCGUUGCGCCUGCCCACAUGGUUGGUUCAGCCCAGCACAGGCCAGCCCUGCUCCUAUAAUUGUCAACACAGAUACUUUGGACACGAUUCCUUAUGUCAAUGGGACAGAAAUUGAAUAUGAGUUUGAAGAAAUUACAUUGGAAAGGGGGAAUUCUGGCCUGGGAUUCAGUAUUGCUGGAGGGACAGAUAAUCCCCACAUUGGAGAUGACCCUGGCAUAUUUAUUACGAAGAUUAUACCGGGUGGUGCUGCAGCAGAGGAUGGCAGACUCAGGGUCAAUGAUUGUAUCUUGCGGGUGAACGAAGUCGAUGUGUCAGAGGUUUCCCACAGUAAGGCCGUGGAAGCCCUCAAAGAAGCGGGCUCUAUUGUCCGGCUGUACGUGCGUAGAAGACGCCCCAUUCUGGAGACUGUCGUGGAAAUCAAAUUGUUCAAAGGACCUAAAGGUUUAGGCUUCAGUAUUGCAGGAGGUGUGGGGAACCAACACAUUCCCGGAGACAACAGCAUUUAUGUAACCAAAAUUAUAGAUGGGGGAGCUGCACAGAAAGAUGGAAGGUUGCAAGUGGGAGAUAGACUGCUAAUGGUGAACAACUACAGUUUAGAAGAAGUGACUCAUGAAGAGGCGGUAGCAAUAUUGAAGAACACAUCUGAUGUCGUUUAUCUAAAAGUUGGCAAACCCACCACCAUUUAUAUGACCGAUCCUUAUGGUCCACCUGACAUUACUCACUCUUAUUCUCCACCGAUGGAAAACCAUCUACUUUCUGGCAACAAUGGAACUUUAGAAUAUAAAACUUCCCUGCCGCCCAUCUCUCCAGGAAGGUACUCACCGAUUCCAAAGCACAUGCUUGUUGAAGAUGAUUACACCAGGCCUCCGGAACCUGUUUACAGCACUGUGAACAAACUGUGUGAUAAGCCUACUUCUCCCAGGCACUAUUCCCCUGUUGAGUGUGACAAAAGCUUCCUUCUCUCAGCUCCCUACCCCCACUACCACCUAGGCCUGCUCCCUGACUCUGAGAUGACCAGUCAUUCUCAGCACAGCACGGCAACCCGCCAGCCUUCGGUAACUCUCCAACGGGCCAUCUCCCUGGAAGGGGAGCCCCGCAAGGUUGUCCUGCACAAAGGCUCCACUGGCCUGGGCUUCAACAUCGUGGGCGGGGAAGAUGGAGAAGGUAUUUUUGUAUCAUUCAUUCUGGCUGGUGGACCAGCAGAUCUGAGUGGGGAGCUCCAGAGAGGAGACCAGAUCCUAUCCGUGAAUGGCAUUGACCUCCGUGGAGCAUCCCAUGAGCAGGCCGCAGCUGCACUGAAGGGGGCUGGACAGACGGUGACGAUUAUAGCACAAUACCAACCUGAAGAUUACGCUCGAUUUGAGGCCAAAAUCCAUGACCUACGAGAGCAGAUGAUGAACCACAGCAUGAGUUCCGGGUCCGGGUCCCUGCGAACCAAUCAGAAACGCUCCCUGUAUGUCAGAGCCAUGUUUGACUAUGACAAGAGCAAGGACAGUGGGCUGCCAAGUCAAGGACUUAGUUUUAAGUAUGGAGAUAUUCUCCAUGUUAUCAACGCCUCAGAUGAUGAGUGGUGGCAAGCCAGAAGAGUCACACUGGAGGGGGACAGUGAAGAGAUGGGGGUCAUCCCUAGCAAACGGAGGGUGGAAAGAAAGGAGCGUGCCCGGUUGAAGACAGUGAAGUUUAAUGCGAAACCCGGAGUGAUUGAUUCAAAAGGGGACAUCCCCGGAUUAGGUGACGACGGUUAUGGAACAAAGACUCUGAGAGGGCAAGAAGACUUCAUUCUUUCUUAUGAGCCUGUCACAAGGCAAGAAAUAAACUAUACCCGGCCAGUGAUUAUCCUGGGUCCCAUGAAGGAUCGGAUCAAUGAUGACUUGAUAUCUGAAUUCCCUGAUAAAUUUGGCUCCUGUGUGCCUCAUACUACGAGGCCAAAGCGGGACUAUGAGGUGGAUGGCAGAGACUAUCACUUUGUCAUUUCCAGAGAACAAAUGGAGAAAGAUAUCCAAGAGCACAAGUUUAUAGAAGCUGGCCAGUACAAUGACAAUUUAUAUGGAACUAGUGUGCAGUCUGUGAGAUUUGUAGCAGAAAGGGGCAAACACUGUAUACUUGAUGUGUCAGGAAAUGCUAUCAAGCGGUUACAAGUUGCCCAGCUCUAUCCCAUUGCCAUCUUCAUUAAGCCCAAAUCUCUGGAACCUCUCAUGGAGAUGAAUAAACGUCUAACAGAGGAACAAGCAAAGAAAACCUAUGAUCGUGCAAUUAAGCUAGAACAGGAAUUUGGAGAAUAUUUUACAGCUAUUGUCCAAGGAGACACCUUAGAAGAUAUAUAUAAUCAAUGCAAGCUUGUUAUUGAAGAGCAAUCUGGGCCUUUCAUCUGGAUUCCCUCAAAGGAGAAGUUAUAAAUUAGCUACUGCACCUCCAACAAUGACAGAAGAGCAUUUAGAAGAACAAAAUAUAUAUAAUAUACUACUUGGAGGCUUUUA